UUUCCCACUUUAGUGACCUUUUUUUGUUUUUUUUUUUCUUUUAUCAUGACAUGAAUGGUCUCUCUUCUAUAUAAUCAGGCCUUCCACAUGAUUUAGUCCUCCACCAUGGGAGGAAGCAUGAAGGUUCAUCAGUUCGCACGUGGACUCUGGGAAGCGCACGAACCAUCUCUAACCCUAGGCUGCAAACGCUUACGCCCUCUGGCUCCAAAACUUCAACCCAAUAGCCCAGACAGUAGUAAUAUUAGUUCCUCUACCACCACUACUUCUCCAAACUCCAUUGCUCCCUUCGAUCUCAAGAGCUUCAUUAGACCAGAAAGUGGUCCUAGAAAGCUUGGAUCUUCUCUUGAUCACCACAAGAAAGAUUCAUCUCAGGUUGAAACACACCCUGGUGGGACACGGUGGAAUCCAACGCAAGAGCAGAUAGGAAUACUGGAGACGCUGUAUAGAGGAGGAAUGCGGACUCCGAACGCCCAACAAAUCGAACAAAUCACGGCGCAGCUUGGUAAGUUCGGGAAGAUCGAGGGCAAAAACGUCUUUUACUGGUUCCAGAACCACAAGGCUAGGGAGAGACAGAAGCAAAAGCGUAACAGUCUUGGCCUCAGCCAUAGUCCACGAACUCCCACCAUUACAACUACCAACACCAACACAUCCACCACUACUCUACACUCCGUUACCGUAGCUUUAGAAACAAGACUUGGGGGAGAGUACGUAGUAGAGAGAGAGCAAGAAGGCUGUACUAGUCCGUACAAGAGAAAGUGUAGAAGCUGGGGAUUCGAAUGUUUGGUAGAAGAUUAUAGUAGAUUAUGUUAUGGUAAUAACGAGGAGGAGGAGGGAGAUAGAACUCUGGAGCUUUUUCCCUUGCACCCGGAAGGAAGAUGAUGAUGACCAUGAUGCGGGUGUUUUUGGGAAAUAAUAAUAAUAAAAAAUAUAUAUAUAUAGUAGUUUAAUUCUUGGGGUAUAUUUUUCAGCUUUAAUGUUUCUAAUGCCAUCCUUACACUAGCAACUUUGAUUAUAUAUAUAUAUAUAUAUAUAAAUCAUGUACGCUAGCUUUUGUUCACUUUUCUUUUCCUUCUUUUUUCUUCGCUUCGGGAAAAGAAGAAAAAGAGUAAUUGUCUCUUUGUACUAUUGAUAUAUGAUGAUCUGAUAUCUGCUGCUUAUUGGAACCAAAGCGCGCUUUGUUAC